UCGGCACGUACAGAGAUGGCCUUAAUUCCGAGCAUUUUUGGUGGUCGACAAAGCAACGUCUUCUUCGAUCCCUUCUCUCAAGACCUCUGGGAUUCGACCUUCGAAUCAGGAUUAAUCCCUUUCUCCUCCUCCAAUUCCUCUCACCGCGAGACCUCGGCCUUCGCAGCCGCCAGAAUCGAUUGGAAGGAAACGCCGGAGGCUCACGUGUUUACGGCAGACUUACCUGGGCUGAAGAAGGACGAGGUCAAAGUGGAGGUCGAAGAAGAUCGGGUUCUUCAGAUCAGCGGGGAGAGGAACAAAGAACAGGAAGAGAAGACCGAUAAGUGGCAUCGGCUGGAGCGGAGCAGCGGAAAGUUCCAGCGCCGGUUCAGGUUGCCGGAGAAUGCCAAGAUGGAGCAGAUAAAGGCGACCAUGGAGAACGGCGUCCUCAAGGUGACCGUGCCAAAGGAGCCCGAGAACAAGCCGGAGGUGAAGUCAAUUGACAUUUCCGGCUAAGAAGAGGUUCGCAGAAACAGCCUUAAUAAUAAUCAUAAUAAUUAUCUUCGUGGGAGUCUUGAG